AAAGUAGAUUCACAAUUCAACAAAGCUUAUUACAAACAAAGAACACAAAUUUUGUUUAUUGGCUUGUGGGGUUACAUGUUCUUAUAAGAACCAAACAACUUGGCGCGUAAUUCCAAUUAAAAACCAACCAAAACAAAAAAUUAAUUCCAUCAUAAAAGAAAAACAAAGAAUUAGUAAUGAAUUUCCCAGAUCCAAAUGCUCCAAAAAGAUACCCAUCUGUAUUUCUAAGAGAGUGGGUAAAAUGGGAAUUUCUGGGGUUGAGCUCACAGAAUCUGAAGUUGUUCCUGCUAAUCUUCAGGGAGAACAUAAUGAAGAGAGCUCUCUAGCUCGUCAUUCAAGACGUCCAAACCUAUCUCUUCUGCAAAUUCCUGCUAGGUCUUUAGAGAAUGCACUCUCUAAUAUGACAAGUAUAGAUAUUCCUACCAUAUCAAGCCCCUCUAGCACCAGGACAGGAUUGCCACCAAGACCUUGCUCAGCUGGGUUCAGAUCAUCUAUGAGGAAUAUGCUUCCUCAGAGAAGUUUCUGCCCAAAGACUUCAUUGCAGGAUGGUGAAAAGACAUAUUUGAUCUUCUCACACACACCAAAGUCAGACAUUCCAGUGGACAAGCCUUCUACUUCAAGGUCAUUCUCUCUCAACAAGGUUUUUUCUUCUCCUUCAACCAAGAGAGCAUGCUCAUUACCAGUUACACCCAUUGCAAAUUCAGGUACUGAGUCUGGAUGCGAGAGCGACGCAAAUCCUGUCACUGAAGAUUAUGUCUCAAACCAAGAAGCAGAGCAGCACAUGAAACGCUCGUUUUCUGUUCCCGUGAAUGUGAAAAAUGCAAGCUUGAGAAGAGUGGGUUCUACAGGAGGUGUAAUCCGUGUUGUUCCAGCAACACCUCAUCAAUUAGAAGCUGGUAAUUCUUUGCCAAAUGAUCCUGCAAUUGGGAGAAAUGAGAAUAAAGAUGCCAGUGAAGACAUCCCUGAAGAAGAAGCUGUUUGCAGAAUUUGUUUCGUUGAGUUAGGAGAAGGAGGUCUUACAUUUAAGUUAGAGUGCAGCUGCAAAGGUGAUCUUGCACUUGCUCACAAGGAAUGUGCUGUAAAGUGGUUUACUAUUAAGGGAAAUAAGAUAUGUGAUGUCUGCAGGCAAGAUGUGAGGAAUCUACCAGUGACUUUGUUAAGGUUACCAACUCCUCGUCCUGUUCAGACGCAACCGCCGAUCAUCAGAGAAAACACUCAAGUACCACACUACAGGGUCUGGCACGAUAUUCCGGUACUUGUAUUAGUGAGCAUGCUAGCAUACUUUUGCUUUUUGGAGCAACUUCUGGUGUCAGAUCUUGGAGCGCGUGCUCUGGCCAUAUCAUUACCCUUCGCAUGUGUCCUGGGUCUUCUAUCUUCCAUGAUAGCUUCUACCAUAGUGAGCAAGGGCUACAUAUGGGCUUAUGCUUCGUUCCAGUUUGCAAUUGUGCUUCUCUUCGCUCAUGUUUUUUAUACUGUACUUAAUGUUGCUGCACUUCUGUCGGUUCUUCUUUCCUCAUUUACUGGUUUUGGAAUUGCCAUAAGCACAAAUGCCCUGAUUGUCGAAUACCUUAAAUGGAAAGCAAGUUCUGCUCAACAACCUUCCCGUCAUCCUGCUAACAGAAGCAGGCAUCCCAGACAACACCUUUGGAAUCAUCAUAAUCAGCACGUCCACCAGCAUCAACACCGAAUGCAUCAGCAACCUGUGCAUGUUCAAGAAGUAUCGAUUGGGCCCAUGGAUCACAGUGGAUCAUAAGAAACUAGGGUAGAGCAUCUACAGUACUCGUGACAGUUGUGAAUUGAUGUUAUCAAAGUGAUCAUCAAUGUCCCAAGCUCAAAAGUCAAAGAUAGAACUCCAGCCGCAGCUCGGUUCUUAUAAAUGACACCACCUCAGAAUGACGUUCAUACCACUGGUGCACUAUCUACACGCUGAAAUGCUGAAUGCUCCAAAUUUUAUGAUGUCUUAAUUCAUGCAAGAAAGACUUCUUAAUAUCCAAGACGACUGUGCAAAGAGGUACAAUGUCUGCUAAAUUCUUGCGCCAAAUUGUUGCAAGCUGCUGCACCCUCCAACAUCCCUACCAUGUUCAUAUAAAGGAUUUUUUGAGGCUUUAAAAUUUUGAGCUAAAACCUCCGAUUUUCCAGGAUAGAUGAUUUAGUUUACGUGCUGCUUUUUCUCUCCAUCUGUUUCAUCCGCGCUUUUUUUUUUGGGGGGGGGGGGGGGGGGGAAGGUUGAGCUGAUGGGGAUUAUUAUGGAGCUGUGCAUGGAAGGCUCUGUGUGAUUUUUUUGCAUGGACAGUUAGACACUCUCCAUUCUUUUAUGAGAUAAGUCAAAGGGCUUUGUGAAGUUAUCGCAUUUGCUCUCCAAUUUUGGUUGGCCUCAGAAAUUGAUCGUCAUUGUUUGUUUGGUACAUGUAAUAGAUGCCUGACAAAAAAGAUGCUAAUAAAUAAUGGCAACUAUAAUCCUAAGUCUUUGCACAAUGUUGUAAAAAUCAAAGUCUGAUAUACAAAUUAUUUCUCUGCCAUGAUUAUACAAAUUAUUUCUCUGCGUGAUUUUCUUCAUAAA